AUGUCCAAGAAAGAAGGCAAAGAUGGGGGCAAAGAUGGAGGCAAAGCUCCAGACACCUCCGCAUUUGUUAAGGAUUUUAUCGCCGGUGGAGUCUCGGCAGCGGUGUCAAAAACAGCAAUGGCACCCAUGGAACGAGUCAAGUUGAUUUUACAAGUUCAACAUGUAUCUAAACAAAUAGCUGAAGAUAAACGUUACAAAGGUAUUGUCGAUGCUUUUAUACGUAUACCUAAAGAGCAAGGCCUGGCAUCAUUGUGGCGAGGCAAUACGGCUAACGUGAUUCGGUAUUUUCCUACGCAGGCUUUAAACUUUGCCUUUAAGGACGUGUAUAAGAAAAUUUUUCUUGAAGGAGUUGAUAAAAAUAAACAAUUUUGGACGUAUUUUGCUGGAAACUUGGCAUCUGGUGGCGCUGCGGGCGCAACGUCUCUGUGCUUCGUGUAUCCAUUGGAUUUUGCACGAACCAGGUUAGCAGCGGAUGUCGGCAAAGGGAAAGCAAAAGAAUUUAACGGUUUAGUUGACUGUUUAAUGAAAACCAUAAAGACUGAUGGUCCGCUGGGCUGGUAUAGAGGCUUCGUUGUCUCUGUGCAGGGUAUCAUAAUAUACCGUGCCACUUAUUUCGGAUUGUACGACACUGCGCGAGGAAUGCUGGCCGAUUCUAAAAACACUUCACUAUUUUUCACUUGGUUGAUUGCUCAGACAGUGACGACAAUUGCAGGAAUCACGUCCUAUCCCCUCGACACGGUGAGACGGCGAAUGAUGAUGCAGUCCGGGCGACCGGUGCACGAACGCAUUUACAAAAACACACUCCACUGUUGGGCAGUCAUCCUUAAAACAGAAGGACCAGGCGCUUUCUUUAAAGGUGCCUUCUCAAAUGUUCUGAGAGGUACUGGCGGUGCAUUCGUCUUGGUGCUGUACGAUGAAAUCAAGAAACUGCUUUGAAAUUAUCACCAAUGGCUUAAAAGCCGUGAUAAAGUUUUGAAUGUCUUUGGAUUUCCUGCGUGUGAGUUUAAAACAUACAGAUAUAUGUCUUGUUGUUAAUGCCGCUUUGUUUAAUACAUUAUAAUGUUCGUUUUUUUAUUUAUUUUUUUCAUUUUAUUCUUUAAACAAAGUUAGGCAAAGUUAGGCAUUUUAUUUUGAUGCGUUGAUAACUUAUAUAAUGCAUUUGCUCGUAAAGUAUCGCUUAUUUCACCAAUUUCAAUCUGUAAUGUAUCUCAUUACGUACAUGUACCGUAAUGUAAAGUAAAAUGCACAUGCGCCGUAAUCUAUACUUUCUUUUCUUUUUAUCUAUAUUUCCAAAAUAACUAUCAUGGGGUGGUUAGUAAUCUAUACUGAUGCCAAAAAUGCAAUCA